UCGAAGGCCGACGCUUUAAUUAUUCACUAAAUAUGUAAUUUUCCUGUGUGGGCGUUGUAUAUUUCCUUACGCUCUUCACUUUAAAAAAAUCAGUUAGGUAUACGGUUUUAUUUAAACUGUGCAACUUCGAUUUUUUGGCUCUUAGUAGCUUAAUCGUACAGCCUGGAGCUCUAAAAAUGUUUUCCGUGAGCAUUGUACGUCCAAGUAAUUUUAGCUAAGCUAGCGUAAGUCGUUCUUUCCAUGGAAAAGGUGUAUAAACCUUAGAGUGGUGUGUUUGUCAACUAUUCGUGGAAUUCGAAGCAGGGCUGGGGGUUAGUUUGCUGCACUCGAAGGUACCGGAAUUUUAAAUGUGAUAGUAGAAAAAAUGUUGAGAGGAUCCCCGGUAGCGUUGGUUCACGAUGGACUCCACGGAGGCAUUACCAUUUUCUUACUUCUUCACUGGUUGAUGAUUCUCGGGAAGGUUCUAUCCUCAAAACACCCUGAUUGCAGAACACAACACCAGAUGUAUAAGGCAUUGUACGAAAAUGCUCUUAUCCCAGAAAUAGUGGAGGAACAAACAAAGUUUAGUGCUGAGAUAAUAUUUAAUACUGGAGAAAUGGCAGAUUUUGGCAAUAAAAUCCCUCCCGAGAAGGUAUUUGAGGCUCCGAAAGUUGUCAGAUUUAAAUGCGAACCACACGAACUAUUCACAAUUCUGCUAACUGACUUUGACGCUCCUUCUCGUGACGGACCGUACAACCGCGAAUGGCUUUACUGGGCUGUUGGAAACUGCAAAGCUAAUAACCAUAUUGAUGACGUGCACCUCAUUGCUCCCAUGCUUCCGAUACAUCCAGAUAAAGGAACAGGGUACCACAGAUUUGUGUUCUAUGUGUAUAAGCAGCCAAACGACACAAGUAUUGACUUUAAGGAAAUGUUUUUAAACAACACAGAGGCAGUGAAGAAAAAUGGUAGAAAUAAUUUUGACGUGAAAGAAUUUGCAAGGACCUACAAACUUGGAGACAUUUACGCUCUCAACUUUUUCCUGUCAGAGAGAGCCUGAUAGGGUUAAUCAAAACAUCUUCUCAGAAACGCAUCACGGAGCCUAAAUUACGGAUAAAAUUUUGAAUUUGAAGCGGGACCUGACUCAUAAUUUAAGAGAUUAUCUGUGAAUGACAGAAUUGUAUAAAAUAGUGCUGGAUCCAUCGGUGGGAUAAUCAAAGCUGGAGAAUAGUGAAGUAAUUAGUGUAAAUUAAUAAUAAGAUCGUUCCAAACAGAAGAGCGCAUAGAUAUUCAAAACCUUAAGGAAGUUUCAGUGGUAAAAUUUUGGAAUAUUGUUCUAGAUAUUCUAUAGAUGUAAUUAUUUAUACUAAUGUAAUAUUGUAAAUAUUAUAUUUUUUAUAUAGAUUUUAACGUAUUUGCUGAAUGCACCCCCGAGCGUUGGGAUAACCUUUCAUAUUACAGAAGUAAAAUUUUAAAAAAAUUGAAA